AUGGAGCAAGCUGAAAGUGCGGGCCUUGUUUCUCACUCGGUUCAGCAGAGCUGUGCGGCCUUAUAUGCCCAAUGUGGAGGUAGUGGAUGGUCUGGGGCGACAUGCUGCGUUUCAGGUGCACAAUGCAACGCGUUAAACGACUUCUAUUCUCAAUGCGUACCAUCGACUGGUAGCAGCGGCCCUACUGGAUCAUCGUCUUCAACUACCUCGAUCCCUCGUUCUCAAUCAUCAUCCACUAGCCAGUCAUCCGUUGGCCAUUCAUCUGUUACAUCGAUUGGCCAAUCAACCGGCGUGUCCACGUAUACCACCACUGAUACCUCUACUGUUGCUCUCCAUUCACAGUCUCCUUACCCGAGUAUUGCUGCGUCCAGCUGCGGCGCAUGGACCUUGGUUGAUAACGUGUGCUGCCCAUCAUACUGUGCCACCGAUGAUACCUCGGAGAGUUGUACUUGCAGUAGCUGCACUACACCACCUUCCGCAGAUUGCAAAUCCGGAACUAUGUAUCCCGAAGUCCAUACUGUUAGCACUAAUGAGACUUGGCAUUAUAGCAGAUCCACUCAUUUCGGGUUGACCAGCGGCGGAGCCUGUGGCUUCGGCCUCUAUGGUUUGUGCACCAAAAACAGUGUCACGGCAAGCUGGACGGAUCCAAUGCUUGGUACAACAUGCGAUGCUUUUUGUACAGCAUACCCUCUGCUCUGCAAAGAUCCUGCUGGAACUACUCUUCGUGGAAAUUUUGCGGCACCAAAUGGAGACUAUUACACGCAGUUCUGGCCUUCGCUGCCAGGAGAUCUUGACAACUAUCUUUCUUGUGGUGAAUGUAUCGAACUUAUUCAAACGAAGCCCGACGGCACCGACUAUGCUGUAGGUGAAGCUGGCUACACGGAUCCAAUCACCCUGGAAAUUGUAGACAGCUGCCCCUGUAGCGCAAACUCCAAGUGGUGCUGUGGCCCCGGCGCCGAUCACUGUGGUGAGAUCGAUUUCAAAUACGGCUGUCCUCUCCCUUCCGACAGUAUGCAUCUUGACCUGUCUGAUAUUGCCAUGGGCCGACUACAGGGCAAUGGCUCUCUCACCAAUGGUGUGAUCCCAACCCGCUAUAGGAGAGUACAAUGCCCCAAGCUCGGUAACGUUUACAUAUGGCUUCGCAAUGGCGGAGGUCCGUAUUAUUUCGCCCUUACAGCUGUCAACGCCAAUGGACCUGGGUCGGUCACAAAGAUCGAGGUUAAAGGCGCAGGUUCAAGCACUUGGAUUCCUCUCGUACAUGACCCCAACUACACCAGUAGCCGUCCGCAAGAACGCUAUGGUAGCUGGGUGAUUCCGCAAGGAUCGGGACCUUUCAACCUGCCGGUCGCUGUUCGUUUGACAAGUCCAACGGGAGAGCAGAUUGUCAACGAGCAAGCUAUUAAGACUUUCACUCCACCAUCAACAGCAGAUCCCAACUUCUACUACAUUGAUAUUGGUGUACAGUUUAGUAAGAACUGA